GGGCAACCCUUACAUUUGGUGGACAGGAUCUGAUCCCAGGAUCUGUUACCUCUUUCUUUUCUCCUAAUCAGGCGGAUUAAAAAUUGCAACCAUGGCAAAGAACUGCCACAACGAUUACAAGAUGAAGUUCAGCAUGGACGAUGAGUUCCCUGAUCUGUCCAAGCACAACAACCACAUGGCCAAGUUGCUGACCAAGGAGAUCUAUGGCAAGCUGAGAGGCAAGUCCACCCCCAGUGGUUUCACCGUGGAUGACGUCAUCCAGACCGGUGUUGACAACCCUGGCCACCCCUUCAUCAUGACCGUGGGCUGCGUCGCUGGUGAUGAGGAGUGCUAUGAGGUGUUCAAGGAUCUGCUGGACCCAGUCAUCUCUGACCGUCAUGGUGGAUACAAACCCACCGACAAGCACAAGACCGACCUGAACUUCGAGAACCUGAAGGGUGGUGAUGACCUGGACCCCAACUAUGUGCUGUCCAGCCGUGUGCGUACUGGCCGCAGCAUCAAGGGAUUCACCCUGCCCCCCCACAACAGCCGUGGAGAGCGCAGAGGCAUUGAGAAGCUGUCCAUUGAGGCCCUGGCCAGCCUGGAGGGUGAGUUCAAGGGAAAGUACUACCCCCUGACCGGCAUGAGCGAUGCCGAGCAGGAGCAGCUGAUCGCUGACCACUUCUUGUUUGACAAGCCCGUGUCCCCCCUGCUGACCUGUGCUGGCAUGGCCCGUGACUGGCCCGACGGCAGAGGCAUCUGGCACAACGAGAACAAGAGCUUCCUGGUCUGGGUGAACGAGGAGGAUCACUUGCGUGUCAUCUCCAUGGAGAAGGGAGGCAACAUGAAGGAGGUUUUCAGGCGCUUCUGCGUUGGUCUGCAAAAGAUUGAGGCCAUCUUCAAGAAGCACAACCACGGCUUCAUGUGGAACGAGCAUCUGGGCUACAUCCUGACCUGCCCCUCCAACCUGGGAACUGGUCUGCGUGGUGGCGUGCACGUCAAGCUGCCCAAGCUGAGCACACACGCCAAGUUCGAGGAGAUCCUGACCAGGCUGCGUCUGCAGAAGCGUGGCACAGGUGGUGUGGACACAGCCUCCGUGGGUGGCGUGUUCGACAUCUCCAACGCUGACCGUCUGGGCUCCUCCGAGGUGUAUCAGGUCCAGCUGGUGGUUGAUGGUGUCAAGCUGAUGGUUGAGAUGGAGAAGAAGCUUGAAAAGGGAGAGUCCAUCGAUGGCAUGAUCCCCGCCCAGAAGUAAAGAGGACAGACACCCAAUGACUGAAUUGACUGUCUGUGUUUGUUUUUUUUUAUAUUAUGAAAAAAAUGAACAGGUAGCCUCGGUGUAAAGUUAUUUUACUGGUUCCGGCCAUUUGGCUACUUCCUGCUUACUUCUUUCCGUCAAGACGACACUCCACCUUUCUUUCUUUCCUUUUCCUGCUUGUUCUUCCUUCUUAUUUCCUGUCACUUUAAUCAUCUCUUUACCCCCCCCUCCCCCAUCUUCUCUUUAACAUCCUGGGAUCAAUCAAUGCAUAGUCUGGUCAUGGCUAUGUGUAUGCACCGAAAGUGUUUAAUUGUAAAUUAUAUCCAGACAAUUAAAUGAAGCCCCAUGUAAAAAUCAAA